GAUGAUUUGUACAUGAUUACUGUGCGCGAGAUACAAGCACCACAUAUUACUUGAUGGUGUAAUUUGGGCUCUCUUUAGAAGUAACAGGUUUGUAUGAAUGAUGGCAAUGCGGGAACCAGCGUACUGCGCUAAGCUGCCUUGCCACUGAACACCCACAAGAGGGCACCCUCGUGUCCUUUCCCCCCAGCGUUAGAAUUCCCACCACAGGCUGUCCUCACAUACCAUCUGUACUCCUAUGCCCUUGCCUUUGGUACCCAUGUUCCAGGUCCUAAUGAAGGCGAUACUGGUUGUUGUCAUGGCGUCAUGACGACACGGUGAACCCGGCACCAGAGACAUGGGAUCUGGGUGCUGCGCAAUACUCUCUCAGGCGGUAGGGGAGGUGAGCAUGAUUAAUACCCAGGAUUCCAGACAGGUGUGCUGGGGCACGAUAUCCUGUGUUCUCAGAUGCCAAAGCUUCUAGAGGUCUUCAUUCUCUCAUUCUUUCUCUCUUUCCCCCAAAGUUAGAAGGGCCUAAUCAGACCCCGUAAACGCACUCGGCAAAUGGAUAUUUGAGAAGGUUGAGACGAGGGGAUUUAUAGAAUAUGGGAAAGCACCUGUGUUAAAGAGUAAACACUCUAAAUAUUACCCAGAUAUGUUGACACAUACAGUGACACAGCAGACUUUCGGUUACAGCAGCCUGCCCAAGAAGGAGUUAACUCUGAGCUUGUGAAAGGCAAUGACAUCACCGCCUAUGACAUCACUUGUGGAGAAAGUAACCACUCAGGCUUAUCAGCCCCUGGGUCCCAAAACCUUUCAGAACUGCGGAUCUUAUAACAUUUAUGUACAGAAUUGUAGAGUUUUUCUAAAAAUCUUCUCUUUGUUGUUAUCUAAUUUUUAUAAAAUUUUAAUCACCAAAACAGUGUCCAUAUAAGCAAAGUUUUUAACGUUGGGAAAAGCAAGCGUUCGGCAGCUUCUGUCAUGGGGCGUCAUUCCUGUUAUCUUCUCCCAUCUCCCUUUUUUAGUCACUAACUCGUGUCCCUGCGGCAGUAAAUUGUGGCAUUUUUCAUUCAUAAACCCCCCUUCCUACCCCCCACCACACAAAGAGGACUUGCCACCCUUCACCCACGGGCCUUAAUCCCUGUCCCUUAACACAUGACAAAGGGGUAUCACCCCUCUCUCUAUGUGCAUCCUUCUGCUCUGUAUUAUAACAAUUUAUCAUUUCAGUUGCAGUUUCAAAUGUAUUGGUUUCUGAGCCCUCUCUGUUUUUCUGGGAGAUUUAUUCAUUUUAUUUUGUAAGCGCUGUCACUGUCAUGUGAUGUACGUUGGUUAUGUGGGCUCCCUGCCUUCUGUGUGCUGAGUACAUGCACAAGUGCACGUUGUGAUGAGCUGCUUUGCUAAUAAAGCUGACUGUGAAUUGCACAAGUUGAGGUCUCCUGUGUGUAUUUGUUGUAAAGGUGAGAAGUUGUGUUAUUCUACCGCAGGCUGACACAUCAGAUUGGGCAUACGCGCGCUCUCACACACACACACACACACACACACACACACAGACACACACAGACACACAGGCACAGGCACAACCCUAUUGAUGAACCUUCCCAUUUCCUCGGUUGUCUCCAUGUGUCUUGUGUGUUGCAAUUUUUUUUGUUUUGUGAUUUUUAGUCCAGUUUAUGAGAGGCAGAGAAAACAGUGUUUAAAGGCUGAAGAUCUGCGGUGUGGUGUCGGUCAGCUUCGAGGAGGACGAGGAGGGGAGCCUGUGCCUCAUGGCGUACCCCCUGCACAGUGAGGCGGGGGACCUGGAAAACGUGGACCCCACCGCCGACUGUGAGCCCAAGCACAAGAUGCUGAAGCGGAGCAACGUGAAGCCGCCCACUCUGCUGCCAGAAGGUGACUAUUUCGGCAAGGACAGGACCAGGCAGAUGCGCAAGGAGGACAAGAACAAGAGCCACAAUCGCGAGGAGCGUGAGCAGGCCGAGGUGCUGUGCUACAGCCUGGACAAGGGCAAGGUGAUUCCGCAGCUCAAGCACAACCCCUGGAGCAUGAAAUGCCACCAGCAGCAGCUCCAGCGCAUGAAGGAGAACGCCAAGCACCGCAACCAGUACAAAUUCAUUCUGCUGGAGAAUCUGACAUGGCGAUACAACAUGCCCUGUGUCCUGGACCUGAAGAUGGGUACCCGGCAGCACGGGGAUGAUGCCUCCGAGGAGAAGAAGGCCCACCAGAUCCGCAAGUGCCAGCAGAGCACAUCGUCCUCCAUCGGAGUGAGGCUGUGCGGCAUGCAGGUGUACCAGGCAGACUCAGGUCAGCUUAUAUUCAUGAAUAAGUACCACGGGCGCAAGCUAACGCUGGCCGGCUUCAAGGAGGCGCUCUUCCAGUUCUUCCACGACGGGCGGCGCCUGCGGCGGGAGCUGCUGUCGCCCGUGCUGCGGCGCCUGCGCGAGAUGAAGGCUGCGCUGGAGGCCUGCGAGUCGUAUCGCUUCUACUCCAGCUCGCUGCUCAUAAUCUACGACGGUGACCCGCCUCGCGCCCAACGCCAGCGCCACUGUCAUCACGGCGGCGAGGAGGGUGAGGAAGAGGAGGACGAUGAAGAGGAGGACGAGGAGGACCCCGGGGCGUUUGGGUUCCACUGCGGCGGAGCGGUGGGCGGCGGCACCGGCGGCCGGCCAUCUGUGGGGGAACCAGGCCCCCUAGUGGACGUGCGUAUGAUCGACUUUGCCCACACCACCUGCCGGCACUAUGGGGAGGACAGCGUGGUGCACGAGGGCCAAGACAGCGGCUACAUUUUCGGCCUGCAGAAUCUUAUCACCAUUAUCUCAGAGCUGGAGGACCACAGCGCUGAUUAAACCCUACUCCAGGCUAGUCUGGAUCCCGUCCUCGGUGUGCAUGUUCCCUCUCGGUGGGGGCUCCAUGCCACUGGAAGCCUCAGGUGGAGGCAGCAACGCAGGAGGGCAGCAGAGAUGAACAGGCAGCUGCUGGCUGGUCCUCUGCACGCUCGCUCACUCGCUCCAGCCAGAGUGCUGCUGCCUCUCCUUCACCAGUAAAGGACAGCAGAGAUGGACAGCCAUGUCUCCAGCUCUUUGGACAUCUGUUGGUAACAUUGAUGUGCCGUUAAUGGUGUUCGAUUUUUUUUCUUUUUAUUAAAAAAGGGAAGAAUGAGGUGAAGCAUCUUGACAAAACAGAGGUGUAAACAGAGCAUGGCGUGAAUGUUGGAUUGCCUGAUCCGUACCAGCCCCACUCAUGUCCCUGUCUGAGCUGGCCUUUGGGCAGAGAUGGUUUUUCCAGUGGGCUUGUCUCGUCUCUAACUAGCAGCCAUACUUGUACGGACUCCUGAUGAGCUUUGGAAUGAAACCGACCAAGUGAGGGCUUGGGAGUGUUUGGGAGGGGAGAUAGUAAGGACAGUGGGCUGAGAAGGAACACCAUUCUUUAUACCACACCUCUCUCCCUCCAACAGAUAAAAGAAGAAUUAUUAAGAGGACUGUUUUGGGGGGACGAAGCAGGACAGUUGUGUCACCCUGAGCCCCCUUAGUCAGUGUCUCCUCCACCAGUUGUCCACUUUCAUUCCAAAAAACAAAGGGGUGUGUUAUGAUAAUAAUAUGAUGAAUUAUAGGAACAGAGACUAUAUAGAUCUUUAUUUAUUUGAAAUAUUUGUUACAAAAUAAAAAAUAAAAGACUACAUUCCACAUUACUGUUAAUGUUAUGUCAAAUAACUGUUUAUAAGAUCAAGUUCAUAUACCUCUGGCUUGUAUAUCUUGUGUGUCAGCAGUAUGUUGGAGCAAAAAAAUAAUAAAAAGGAUUUCUGUUUGUAGUAA